UUCAAUGAGUUUAUUCAUUCAUUCGCAUGGUAUGGGAAGCUGAAGAUUUCUCCUUUGCUGAGGAGCAGUUGUGGCCUAUUCUUGGUACAGUUUUGACUACACCAUGUCAAGAUGGAACUUGGAUGACCCCGAUUUCUUUGAGGAGAUUGUUCCCUUUGGGAGUGAAGUGGAUGAGGAGGAGGAAGAAGAAGGAUUUCUGACCUGCACCUGCUACGGACGUGGGAAAAAACUGAGCGAAGUGGAUGUUCCUCGUGUACCCCAACUACACUUACAUAUUGAGAAGCAGAAGUACUUUGAAAAAUUAAGAGCAACAGAUGAUCCAACUUCCAGGAAGGUGGGAAGGGGUAGAGCCAGAAUCCGACACAAACUGAGCAACAAUGAGAAACCCAGUGUUGGACAAUCACAG